CCCUUGAGGGCGUUGGGCCGAGGGGGCCCCGGGUGGGGACAGGAGGCGAGAUGGAGGGAGAGCGGCGGGGCCGCCGCCCGCUUUUUCUCUUCCCGAGGCGGCGGGCCGCGCCUGUGGGCUCCUGGGUAUUGAGAGAAAAAGCAGAUUUGUAUUGAUGACAGUUUAUCCCCAGCUGUAUGUUUAGCAGCAUCUACCGAAUAGGGAAAUGUCCUCAAAGAAGAAGAAAAAGGGAAAUCAUUCCAGAAAUAAAUUAAAGGAACACAAAGUCAGCUCCCGUCCUCGGAAAUCAUUUCCACUUGAAGAACCAGAUGUCUCAAGGAUACUGAAAGUAGUGGAAGCAAAUCAACUUGAGGAGCUUGAUGAUUCAUUUGAUCACCCUUUGCACAGUACUGCUGUGGAUGCUUAUGGAGAGGAAGAUUCACAAAACGAGUCACUUGGUCAUGUUUCAGCACCGCAAAGGAAAAGUACAGAAAGAAGUGAAAAAACGCAUUGCUCAAAAAGGUCUGGUGGUGAUGCUCAGAAAUUCAACACAGCUGAUCCUGAAGAUGCACCCCUUGAGAAGAAUGUGGAGGCCCUGAAUACUACUCAGUUGCAGGCGAAAAAGAGGCGGCCUUCAGAGAACACAUCAGAUCCUUCUGUGAAUAGCCCAUGUUCUGUGCAGCUUUGGUGUCCCAAAAAGCUGAAGAGAUCUUCUAGAGAUAUUACAGAACUGGAUGUUGUUCUAUCUGAAUUUGAGAAUAUAGCAGCAAAUUAUAGACAAAGCAUAGAAUCAAACAUUUGCAGAAAAGCUAUCAAUGCCUUCUGUUCUGCUUUCAAGGACCAAAUCACCGAUCUUAUAGUGGAAGUCCAGGAAUUAAAGAAUAUGAAGAAAAAAAAUGCUAAGGUAAUAACAGACAUCAAAAAGAAAAGGCAGCGACUGAUGCAACUCAGAGAAGAGCUAAUUAGAGCUGAACCACAACUGAUACAACUGCAAAGAGAACAUGCUGAGCUACAGGAAAGGCAAUCUUCCUUGAGGCGAGCAACUGAAUUACUUACUGAUUUAAAGGAGCUACAGCAAGACUGUUUGAAUUACAGAGAAGAAAACCCAAAAGAAAAAGUAGUAUAUGGAAGGUCCAGCCUCCCUGCUCUUCUGGUGGAGUCACGGAGAAUUCUAGGAGCAGAAAAGCACUUUCAGAAUAUUAAUAAGAAACUGGAAGAAGCUCUGGCUGUACAAAGAGGGAAGUUACCAAAGAAACAUUAAGUGUUUUUCAAUAGGCUUUCUGACAUUCGUUAGUGACAAUUAUUAGAAUGGUCAGUGCUUGAAGUUUGAUUAAUUAAUCAUUGUUGCUUUAUUUUGCUUCAGUGUUUAAAAUAGUCUCCGAUUAAGUCACUUCUCUCUCUCUAUUGUCAAAUAGUCUGUGUGAGAACUUACUCAGAAUGUUGGUGAAAUUAAUGAAAUAGCAAUUCCAGUUAAAGUAGUAAAACUUUUCUGUGCUCUGUUAACAGUGCUGGGUUUUAAUCUUGGGCUAUUAAUGUGCUCUUGGAAGCAAUAUAUAUUUUUAAAAGAGAACACAUAGACUGUAGUUGAACUAUUGAUGGACAAAUCUCUUUAUUAAAUUUGUAGUUGAAAUAAAUAAUUUCCUCCCA